CGCCCGCAUGCUUCUGGUAAAAGUUCUGUUCUGUGCCGUCCCUCCUGCAGGUAUUCCUUUCCACGAAGUCUGGAAAAACCCCAAGUCUCUGACGGGCCGGAAUUUCCGGAUUUUCCUCCUGGAUCUCCGGAACGCCAGCUCUCCAUUCCGGGGCGUCCAAAAGAACCUGAUCGACACCCUGCUGGACGGCUAUGAGUCCGCCCGCCAUGGCACUGGGGUUUUUGGAGAGACUGAAUACCUGAAGUACCAGGAUGCGCUGAAGGAGCUGGCCGCAGUGGUGACGGCGCGCGGGACCUCCAGCAGCGGACACAAGCAGACCCCACCCUCUCCGACCCUGGAGCACAGCACCCCCCCAGCGACCCCCCCUCCCUCCACCAUCCAGGUGACAUACCUGCCCUCCAAUCAGAAGAGCAAGAGACCCAAACACUUCCUGGAGCUGAAGAGCUUCAAGGACAAGUACAACACGCUGGAGAGCACGCUGUAGAGAGAGGAGGAGGAGGGGGAAUGGAGGGGGGAGAGGAGAGCAGA